AUGGAGCAACUUGAUUGGGAUGGUGCAACCGAGUUCUACGUCGCAGAAAACGAAUGGGACAAUUUUAUCGCUUUCAUGAAGAGCGAUGACUUCAGGGACGUUCUAGGUCCAGACAGUGCGAAAUUUGCAAGUAUUCCUGUCAAAAUCAUGGUGUCACGAGAAAUUGUGGUUGAGGAUGUGGCGUCGGGGAAACUAUGUCGAGGGUCCUGA